AUGGGCAAGAACGAUUUCCUAACCCCGAAGGCGAUGGCGAAUCGGAUGAAAGCCAAGGGUCUCCAGAAGCUCCGAUGGUACUGCCAGAUGUGCCAGAAACAGUGCCGCGACGAGAACGGCUUCAAGUGCCACUGUAUGAGCGAAUCCCACCAGCGUCAGAUGCAGGUCUUCGGACAGAACCCACACCGCGUCGUCGAAGGUUACUCCGAGGAGUUCGAGACGACCUUCCUCGAUCUCAUGCGGCGGAGCCACCGGUACUCCCGAAUCGCCGCUACGGUGGUUUACAACGAGUACAUCAACGAUAGGCAUCAUGUGCAUAUGAAUUCGACGGAGUGGGCGACGUUGACGGAGUUUAUAAAGUAUUUGGGGAAGACGGGGAAGUGUAAGGUGGAGGAGACUCCUAAAGGUUGGUUUAUUACUUAUAUUGAUAGAGACUCGGAGACUUUGUUUAAGGAGAGGUUGAAGAAUAAGAGGGUGAAGAGUGAUUUAGCUGAGGAGGAGAAGCAAGAGAGGGAGAUUAAGAAACAGAUUCAAAGAGCUGAGGAGAAGUUUAAUCCUGAUGUUGUUGAUGAUGAUGUUGAGAAGAAGAAGAAAGAUGAAGACUUGAUGUUGAAGAGUGGUGGUGUUAAGGUUGGGUUUUCACUUGGUGGAGGGGUUAAACAGGUUGUUGUUACUACGGGUGAGAGCUCGAAGCGUGUGUUUGAGGAUGAGGAGGAUGAGAGAGAGGAGAAGAGGAAGAGAAGCGGAGGAGGAGGAGGAGGAGGAGAUGAGAAGAGGAGAUCGGCUUUGGAUGAGUUGAUGAAGGAGGAAGAGAAGAAGAAGGAGAGAAUGAAUCGUAAAGCUUACUGGUUGUGUCAAGGGAUUAUUGUGAAGGUGAUGAGUAAGGCUCUGGCUGAGAAAGGGUAUUAUAAGCAGAAGGGUGUUGUGAGGAAAGUGGUUGAUAGUUAUGUUGGGGAGAUUGAAAUGCUUGAUUCUAAGCAUGUGUUGAGAGUUGAUCAGGAGGAGCUUGAGACUGUGCUUCCGCAGAUUGGAGGGUUGGUGAAGAUUGUGAAUGGGGCGUAUCGUGGUUCCAAUGCCAAGUUGUUGGGUGUGGAUACUGAGAAGUUUUGUGCUAAAGUUCAGAUUGAGAAAGGUGUUUAUGAAGGAAGAGUCAUAAAGUCUAUUGAGUAUGAAGACAUAUGCAAACUUGCUUAGUUAUUAUAUCUUUGACCAUGUCUGGUUUGUAUGGUGUCUUGUAAUUCUACAUCUUUUUUUUUUUUGCAUCACUGUUAUGAUAAAGCAAAGUGUUCAAAAGAUUCUGGCAUUUGGUUUAUUUUCAUCUUCUUUUGUCUAGUCAAAUCUUUGUGGUGAACAGGGUUCCAUCUCAGACGUUGAAGGAUUUUGGUUCCUGAUGGAUCAUCUCAUGACUAAGGUACUGAUGAUUGUAUUUCAGACAUGUUCCUGAAUGUAUUUUCUUGCUUUUUAAUUGGUUUACUCAAUAGCAACCCCUAUGUACGUCAAUAUUUA